GUGCUGAAGUAGAGGUAGUACAGCAUGGCUAGACUGUUGUGAGAGGCUCAGAGAAAGCAGAGGGUAAGAUGGAUGAGUCCAGCAUUCUGAGAAGAAGAGGGCUCCAGAAGGAGUUGAGUCUCCCCAGAAGAGGAAGUUUGAUAGAUUCCCAGAAGUGGAAUUGCUUGGUCAAACGUUGCCGAACAAGCAACCGGAAAAGCUUGAUAGGCAAUGGACAGUCACCAGCAUUGCCUCGACCACACUCGCCUCUCUCUGCUCAUGCAGGAAAUAGUCCUCAAGAUAGUCCAAGGAAUUUCUCCCCCAGUGCCUCAGCCCAUUUUUCAUUUGCACGGAGGACUGAUGGACGCCGCUGGUCACUGGCAUCUCUCCCCUCCUCUGGCUAUGGGACAAACACACCCAGCUCCACGGUUUCUUCAUCCUGUUCCUCCCAGGAGAAGUUGCAUCAGUUACCAUACCAACCAACGCCAGAUGAAUUACACUUUUUAUCGAAACAUUUUUGUACCACCGAAAGCAUUGCCACUGAGAACAGAUGCAGGAACACACCGAUGCGCCCCCGUUCCCGCAGUCUGAGCCCUGGACGUUCUCCUGCCUGCUGUGACCAUGAAAUAAUUAUGAUGAACCAUGUCUACAAAGAAAGGUUCCCAAAGGCUACAGCUCAGAUGGAAGAACGUCUAAAGGAAAUUAUCACAAGCUACUCUCCUGACAACGUUCUUCCUCUAGCAGACGGUGUGCUUAGUUUUACUCACCAUCAGAUCAUUGAGCUGGGCCGAGAUUGCUUGGAUAAAUCCCACCAGGGUCUCAUCACCUCUCGAUACUUCCUUGAAUUACAGCACAAAUUAGAUAAGUUACUGCAAGAGGCUCAUGAUCGUUCAGAAAGUGGAGAAUUGGCAUUUAUUAAACAACUAGUCCGAAAGAUCCUAAUCGUCAUUGCCCGCCCUGCUCGGUUAUUAGAGUGCCUGGAAUUUGAUCCUGAAGAAUUUUACUACCUACUGGAAGCGGCAGAAGGCCAUGCAAAAGAAGGGCAGGGUAUUAAGACUGACAUCCCAAGGUACAUCAUUAGCCAGCUGGGUCUCAAUAAGGAUCCUUUGGAAGAAAUGGCUCAGUUGGGAAACUAUGAUAGUGGAACAGCAGAAACACCAGAAACAGAUGAAUCAUUGAGUAGCUCUAAUGCUUCCCUGAAACUUCGAAGGAAACCUCGGGAAAGUGAUUUUGAAACGAUUAAAUUGAUUAGCAAUGGAGCCUAUGGGGCAGUCUACUUUGUUCGGCAUAAGGAAUCGCGACAGAGGUUUGCCAUGAAGAAGAUAAACAAACAAAACCUCAUUCUCCGAAACCAGAUCCAGCAGGCCUUCGUAGAACGGGAUAUCCUGACUUUUGCAGAAAACCCUUUUGUUGUCAGCAUGUAUUGCUCCUUUGAAACAAGACGCCACUUGUGCAUGGUCAUGGAAUACGUAGAAGGGGGAGAUUGUGCUACCUUAAUGAAAAACAUGGGUCCUCUCCCUGUUGAUAUGGCCAGGAUGUACUUUGCUGAGACAGUCCUGGCCUUGGAAUAUCUACAUAAUUAUGGAAUUGUACACAGGGAUUUGAAACCAGACAAUUUGUUGGUAACCUCCAUGGGCCACAUAAAGUUGACAGAUUUUGGAUUAUCCAAGGUGGGACUAAUGAGCAUGACUACCAAUCUUUAUGAGGGCCAUAUUGAGAAGGAUGCUCGAGAGUUCCUGGAUAAGCAGGUCUGUGGCACACCUGAAUACAUUGCACCAGAAGUGAUUCUGAGGCAGGGCUAUGGGAAGCCAGUGGACUGGUGGGCCAUGGGGAUUAUCCUCUAUGAAUUUCUGGUUGGAUGCGUGCCAUUCUUUGGGGACACUCCAGAAGAGCUAUUUGGACAAGUCAUCAGUGAUGAGAUCAACUGGCCUGAAAAGGAUGAGGCUCCACCACCCAAUGCCCAGGAGCUGAUUACUAUGCUGCUCAGGCAGAAUCCUCUGGAGAGGCUGGGGACAGGUGGUGCUUAUGAAGUCAAGCAGCAUCGGUUCUUCCGAUCCUUAGACUGGAAUGGUUUGCUGAGACAGAAGGCAGAAUUCAUUCCACAACUGGAGUCCGAGGAUGACACAAGUUAUUUUGAUACUCGGUCAGAGAAGUAUCACCAUAUGGAAACCGAGGAAGAAGAUGACACAAAUGAUGAAGACUUUACUGUGGAAAUACGGCAGUUUUCCUCAUGUUCGCAUAGGUUUUCAAAAGUUUUCAGCAGUAUAGAUCGAAUAACUCAGAAUUCAGGAGAAGAGAAGGAGGACUCUGGAGACAAAGCCAAAAGCACCACUUUGCCAUCCACGGAAACAUUAAGCUGGAGUUCAGAAUAUUCUGAAAUGCAACAGUUAUCCACAUCCAACUCUUCAGAUACUGAAAGCAACAAACAUAAACUCAGUUCUGGCUUGCUUCCCAAACUGGCUAUUUCAUCAGAGGGAGAACAAGAUGAAGCUGUGCCCAGCCCCAAAGACCCCCAUGAGGAGCCGGAAAAGCCAGUCCUUCCUGCUGAAGAGUGUGCUCAGGAGGAGCCCGAGGUCACUACCCCAGCCAGCACCAUCAGCAGCUCUACCCUGUCAGUUGGCAGUUUUUCAGAGCACUUGGAUCAGAUAAAUGGACGCGGCGAGUGUGUGGACAGUACAGAUAAUUCCUCAAAGCCCUCCAGUGAACCCGCUUCCCACAUGGCUCGACAGCGAUUAGAAAGCACAGAAAAAAAGAAAAUGUCGGGGAAAGUCACAAAGUCCCUUUCUGCCAGUGCCCUGUCCCUCAUGAUCCCAGGAGAUAUGUUUGCUGUUUCUCCACUGGGAAGUCCGAUGUCUCCCCAUUCCCUGUCCUCAGACCCUUCUUCCUCACGAGAUUCCUCUCCCAGCCGAGAUUCUUCAGGAGCGUCUGCCAGUCCACAUCAGCCCAUUGUGAUCCACAGUUCAGGGAAGAACUAUGGUUUCACCAUCAGAGCCAUCCGGGUGUAUGUGGGAGACAGUGACAUCUACACAGUGCACCAUAUUGUUUGGAAUGUAGAAGAAGGAAGUCCAGCAUGCCAGGCGGGCCUGAAGGCCGGGGAUCUGAUCACACACAUCAAUGGAGAACCAGUGCAUGGACUCGUCCACACAGAAGUUAUAGAGCUGCUACUAAAGAGUGGAAAUAAGGUGUCAAUCACCACUACCCCAUUUGAAAACACAUCAAUCAAAACAGGACCAGCCAGGAGAAACAGCUAUAAGAGCAGGAUGGUGAGGCGAAGUAAGAAAUCUAAGAAGAAGGAAAGUCUAGAAAGGAGGAGAUCCCUUUUCAAAAAACUAGCCAAGCAGCCUUCUCCUUUACUUCAUACCAGCCGGAGUUUCUCCUGUUUAAACAGAUCCCUCUCAUCAGGAGAGAGCCUCCCAGGAUCCCCCACCCACAGCUUGUCUCCCCGAUCUCCUACACCAAGCUAUCGCUCCACACCUGACUUCCCGUCUGGUACUAAUUCCUCCCAGAGCAGCUCCCCAAGUUCUAGUGCCCCCAACUCUCCAGCAGGGUCCGGGCAUAUCCGGCCCAGCACUCUCCACGGCCUGGCCCCCAAACUUAGUGGGCAGAGGUACCGGUCUGGAAGGCGUAAGUCAGCCGGCAGCAUCCCGCUUUCCCCCCUGGCCCGGACACCCUCUCCAACUCCCCAGCCUACUUCCCCACAGCGGUCACCAUCACCUCUGUUGGGACACUCACUUGGCAAUUCCAAGAUAGCUCAAGCUUUUCCAAGCAAAAUGCACUCCCCUCCCACCAUUGUCAGACACAUCGUGAGGCCCAAGAGCGCAGAGCCCCCACGGUCCCCGCUGCUCAAGCGUGUGCAGUCAGAGGAGAAGCUCUCACCUGCCUAUAGCAGUGACAAAAAGCACCUGUGUUCCCGCAAGCACAGCCUGGAGGUGACCCAGGAGGAGGUACAGCGAGAGCAAUCUCAGCGGGAAGCCACCUUGCAGAGCCUGGAGGAGAACGUGUGUGAUGCGCCGUCCCUCAGCCGUGCCAGGCCAGUGGAACAGGGUUGCCUGAAACGGCCUGUCUCCCGCAAGCUGGGAAGGCAGGAGUCUGUAGACGACCUGGACCGAGAGAAGCUGAAGACUAAGGUGGUGGUGAAGAAACCAGAUGGCUUCUCAGAGAAGCAAGAGUCCAACCAGAUGUCCCAUGGAGCCAACAGUGAUUUGGAAAACCUUGCUUCUGUUAGACUUGAGGAGAGAGAGAGGAAAAUCUUCCCGAAGGCGUUAGAAAGAUCAAAUCACUUUGAGAACAAAGCCAGCAAGCAAGAGACCCAGUCUACAGGCAGCCUGCUGAAAGAUGCUCUGCACAAGAAGGCCAGUGUGCGGGCCAGUGAGAGUGCAACCUGCGAUGCCACAGCUUCUAGCCACAGCCCUGCACCUGGGGAGCAUGGCCAGGGUGCCAGGGACUUCAAACGCAUCUCCCCUCCAAGCACCUCCCAAGACAGUUUCUCCCACUUUGCUAACAGGUCAGCCUCUGGGAAGGGAGAAAACACAGAGAAGUCUGCCCAGGCCAAGGAGUGUCUCCGCUGUGAGAAAUUAGACAGCAAGCUUGUCAAUAUCGAUUACCUCCGAAAGAAAAUGUCACUUGAAGACAAAGAUGACAGCCUCUGCCCCGUGCUGAAGCCCAAGAUGGCAUCGAGCACCCAUGACUGCCUGCAAGGGAAUGCAGUCCGACCCGCAGGCGGGCCGCAAGAGACCCCACCAGCCGCCGAGGGCCGACCAUUUAUCAGCGGUGCCCAUGCAGCUCAGAUCAGUGCUGUCACCUUUGUUCCUCUCAAGGCCUUAACUGGCCGGGUGGACAGUGUAGCUGAAAAGCCAGGCCUGGUUGCACCCGAGUCCCCAGUCAGGAAAAGCUCUUCCGAGUAUAAGCUGGAAGGUAGGUCUGUUUCCUGCCUGAAGCCCAUUGAGGGAACUUUGAAUAUUGCUCUCCUGUCUGGACCUCAAGCCUCUAAGACAGAGUUGUCUUCCCCAGAGCCAGCACAGAGCCCAGGCUGGGACAGUGACAUGGGGCCGUCCAUACCCACGGCUCUCCCUGGCAGCCCCGCAAAGGGUGAAACUGCCAGUCAGAGGGAGCCUUCCUCUGCCUUGAGGAUGCAUAAGUCCUACCUGCUCGAGCCUCGAUUCCAGCCACCCAGCCGGAGCCUCCAGAGUUCCUCAGCAGUUCCCCAGCCUGACCCAGAGCUAAAACGGGACAGGAAAGUCUCCCAUUCUACCACCAGGGGACUGGUGACAGUCAUGGAAAAUGAUACUCAACGGAGACAGGGCUGUGCUUCUGGACACCAAGACCACACCCCGGAUGCCAAGCUCCUUCCCUUUCCAGGGCGUAACCUCCACAGUGCGGCUGGAAGCCCUGACCCAGCCACGGCCCGCAGCCUCCUGCAUUAUGAAGGGUCCCCCUCCAGGGAGAAGCCCAGCCUGAGAGAAUCAUCUGAAAGGGGCCCUUCCACAGCCAGAAAUGAGCGGUCUGCGGCAAGAGCUGAUGUCCGCCAAGAUCCAUCCACAGAGCUGUACCCUCCAGAAACUAAAACUAGUGACAACUCCAAAAAUCUCCCCUCCACAGGAAAGACCCGCCCAGACUUCCAUACACAAACCCAGACCCUAGAGAAGGUUUGGGGACCGUGUGGGAAAACAAACCAAAAAGAAGGCCAAGAUGAGAUGAGACCACUGGCCAGAGAGGACUCCUCCUUGCGCUCUGCUGGGAUUCCCUGUGAAAGGGAGCUGAACAAGGCCAGAAGUAGCAUGGAACCAAGGCCCGAAGCCCCUCCCCCCAGGUGGUGUCUGCAGCCACCGGGAAUUGAGGGUGGGAAGACUGAGAACCUCUCCAGUUUCCCAUCUUUGCAGAAAGACAGUCCCAAGGAACCUGAAAGGAAAGACCAGCCUCUACAGAAACACCUCACCAGUAGCCCUCAGCCCCCACUGACCACCAAAGAGCUUCCUGGCCUGACCACUUGGCAGCACUGUAGUGCACCAAGCCAUUCUUCAGGCAAAGAGCCGGGAAUCAAGCCUAGUGCUGUCGCACCUAGUCCAGGCCUCCAGGACCCUCCCAAGCCUGGUGCUGUGCACAGUGAAAGCAGCACCCAGAAGCCUAGGCCUGGUCCUGACCCGUGCCCACCAAAGUCCAAGCAGCCAGAAAGGCCACUCUCUUCCCAGAAAGCAAGCCCUGGAGCUGCAAAGGGUGAAGAGCCUGUCCAGCAGCCCGUCAGCCGCUCCAGCAGAGAGGGAAAGAGCGGCAGCAAGGCGGUAUCGCAUGUGCCCCCUGCCAUCCCCGGUGCCCAGAACAAAGCCAGCGAUACACUCAGCCAGAGAGGAAGCGGGCCUUCUCUCCCACUACAGACUGAAGGGGGUCCUCUAGACCCGAAGCUGAAACCCACCAGUGCUGGUCAUCCCGUAGAGAUGUUGGAGAAACCUGUGCAUUGGCCAAGGCAAGGACACAUAGGUUUUGGUGAGUCAGUAGACCAGAAGCCAGUAGACCAGAAACUUCCUACUGUCAGUGAAAAGCAAACCCUAUCCCCAAAGCACCCCAAACCAUCCACUGUGAAAGAUUGUCCUGCUCUGUGCAAACACACGGACAAGAGUCCAAGUCAGCAGGCCAUCACCACAGACAGGAAGUCUGAAGGGAAGAAAUGCACAGAAGCACUUUAUGUUCCAGCAGAGAAUGGGAAGGUGGAGGCCAGCCUUUCCCUUGUGCACAGCGAGGCCAGGCUGAACGGUGCAGAGAAGCCAGCUGUGGCAGUGGGGAAGGGUUUCCCAGAAGCCAAGGGGAAAGGGCUCGGUCCCCAGAAGACCCUGAUGGAGGCAGGCAAGCCUGGUGGCAUGAAACGCUCACCCUCGGCCACUGGGCAGAGUUCUUUCCGAUCUGCCACCCUCCCAGAGAAGUCUCUGAGCUACUCCUCCAGUUUUCCAGAAGUUAGACCAGGAGUCCAUGAGACCUCUACAACCAGCAGUGACACCUCUUUUGCUAAGGCCAAUAGGAGCAUGGCUGAGCCCACAGUCCCUAGCAACAGGGACCAUAAGAAGACCCUGUUAGGGGGGGAUGGCAAAACCCAAAUGACAAAGAGUGACUCUUUGCCAUCCUUUUCGAGCUCUACCAUCUCUCUAGAGUCACACCAUCCUGACUCCAACCUAGGCGGGGGAGCUGGCUACCGGGACAGGGCCCUCUCAGUGACCACCAUCAUAGGAGAAACCAAAGGGAAAGAGCCUGCCCCGGCCCAGCCUCCCACAACCAGGAAACAGAAUGUGGGCAGAGAAGUGGUCAAGCCAGCCCCAUCUCCAAACGCUGACCGCCCCCUCACCCUUUCUUCUGAGAAGGACUUUGUGGUGCGGCAGAGGCGGGGGAAAGAGAGUUUACGAAGCAGCCCUCACAAAAAGGCCUCGUAAUGGGGUGGGGAACCUGGGGGCAGGACCAUGCAGACCCAACCUGAAUGUGUAACUGUGUCUUGACUACCUUUCUUAACCAGCACUGUGUAGGGGUGUCUACCAGGCAGAGUGGGGGAGCCUCAGUGAGGAAGUGGGGAGAGAGACAGAAAGGGACCUUCUUCCAAAUGCCUUCCCAAUUGUAACCGGUAAAACUGUUACCAUAUAGUGUUUGUAC